AUGUUCAGCAACGAGUCGUUCAGUUCGAGCGUCUCCACUACGAGUUCAUCAUCUUCUACACAUCAUUUUUCUGUGGAAAAUGUCGUACACUUCCCAAAUAAGCCUCGACUAUCCAUUGAUGCCACCGCUCGUGCCUCCAAUGCCAUACGCCUUUCACCUGGAUUCAUCGAAGCUGGUAAGAGUUUACUACAGUUUGGCAACCCCACCUAA